CUGACCGACUGCAAUCUGUCGUCUUCCGAGGCGACAGUUACAAUUGCAUUAAAUCCCCCCUCCCCUUCACUCCCUCCACCGCUACCCCCUUCAAAAUGAGUACGAAAUCGGUUUUAGGACAGCAAGUGAGGCCGAGGGUCUUGUCAAAUUUGCAUCUCCCUGGGAGAUUAACAAACGGAAAAAUAGACGACGCCUGACCAAAAAGCCAUUCAGGUCGCCCAUUCAUGCGUCUGGCGUGACCCGUGCGUUACUGCCUUUUCUAAACGGAAAGCAAAUUAGCAGUCUCCGGGGCAGUGGGAUUAACAAGUGCUCUUUUUUAAGUGCUGUGGAGAAUGUCAUGUGAUUGUAACGUAACCCGACCGGAAAACACCGACCAUCGCCGCCAAUGCUGCGUUUAGAGGAACAGAGCAGCUGCGAGCUCAACGGACGACUCUCCGGUAGCAAACAGCGACAAGCGGAGCACCUCCGGCUGCAACGGACGAAGCACAAGGCUAAAGCAUGGAGCUGGCCAAUCAUGGUCUCGUCCUCCUCCAGCAACUGAAUGCUCAGAGGGAGUUUGGCUUCCUGUGUGACUGUACUGUGGCAAUUGGCGAUGUCUUCUUCAAAGCACACAAAGCAGUUCUUGCAGCUUUCUCAAACUACUUCAGAAUGCUUUUCAUUCAUCAAGACAGGUAUGACUGCGUCCGUCUAAAGCCUGCAGACAUUCAGCCGGACAUCUUCAGCUAUCUCCUGAACCUGAUGUACACUGGCAAACUGGCACCACAGCUUAUUGAUCCCGUCCGUCUGGAGCAAGGAGUCAAGUUUUUGCAUGCCUAUCCCCUGUUACAGGAGGCUGGCCAUGGCACAUUUCCCCAGCCUGAUCAAAUUUUCCCACUGGCAACCUCCUUGUAUGGCAUUCAGAUUUCAGACCAACAGGCAUCCCUUGCCAGCAGAGCAGGCGCACCUCGCAGUCUGUCUUCUCCCUUUGAAACAGAACAACUUUCAAUAAAUAACCAGUUGUCCAGUUUGUCUGCUAGUAAUAUUUCAGAAUCCAAGCAGGCGCAGUCCCUCUCAGAGCCUGAGACUUCCAGUGCCAAAGUCCCUUCUGCAGAUGAGCAGAACUUGGAGGCUCCGUCCACAACAGAAGACCAUCCAUUGGUGAACACCAUUCUCCAUGUGAAGCCCAGUAUCAUGAAAAGGAACUCUUCCUUUCGCAAGCAUUACUCUUGCCAUCUGUGCGGCAGCCGUUUUAACCAGCGGAGUGUUUUGAGGGAGCACCUUCUGCUCCACACCCAGCUCCUUCUACCAGCUGCUGCUGGGUUAGUGGAGACUAGCAUGUCUCCAAUGCUGAGCAGCAGUGUUACAGAGCCGACUCGGGAGGCUGAGGAUCCACCCAGGGGAGCUGGGGAAAUAAUCAGUGAAGAAGAAGCACAGCCAGCCACAGAUUCUCCAAGAAUGGAACGGCUACAGUCUCAAGCAGAAACCCCCCCUCCGUCAGAUAUUGCAGAUAUUGACAACCUGGAGAGCAUGGACUUGGAAAGGGAAGUCAAGAGACGCAAGUACGAGUGUUCCACUUGUGGGCGCAAGUUCAUUCAAAAGAGUCACUGGCGAGAGCACAUGUACAUCCACACUGGCAAGCCUUACAAGUGCAGUGCAUGUGGGAAAAGCUUCUGCCGUGCAAACCAAGCAGCUAGACAUGUGUGCCUUAACCAAAGCUCUGACACCUACACGGUUGUGGACAAGCAGAGUAUUGAGCUCUGUUCAAAUGAAGAGAGCAGCCAAUUGGAUGGAAUGUUCUUGUCAUCAGGUAGACCUUACAAGUGUAAUGUGUGUGAAAUGACCUUUUCCAGCCCUAAUGAGGUCAUCAAGCAUUUGUGCUUUGCCCAAAACAGUCAGGUUUUCCCUGGACUGGAAGGUCAAGCAGCAACACCGAGUGAUGAAGCUCCAAAAGAAGAAGGAUCAGAGCCCUCAAGCACUGGACAUUUAGUUCCCACAAUCAAAACUGAGGAGAUUUUAGUAGAGUAAUUUUUCCUAGAGUAAUCGUAGGGUUUAUUUUUUAAAUAUCUAUGUGAUAUAUUUUAACAUGGUGUUUUUUUUUCUUUCUUUUAAUAAGUUGAGUACUGUACAUAGCAACACAUCAUGAGAUGCAUUAGGGGUGCAUCCCAGUGUUCUUGUCAAAAAAAAAAACAAAAAAGACAAAAGCAAAACCAGGUUGCAUUAACAAGGCUCAUGUUUUUGCUGAAUGGUAAAUAAAAUCGUAAUACAGGCCAAGUAGGCAAAAAAGAGCAGCUGACUGUUAAACCUUUGGAGCCAUUUCUAUAUAAUGCUGCCCAGACUUUCACUUUGGCAGUUGUGCCAAGCAGGUAUUUUAAAGAUCUGAGAAAAUUCACUGAAAUGGACCGCAGAAGCGUGCGUGAGCUGCUUAGGGCCCCAGAGAUUGCUGGAACAACAGCUGCAUCCCUUAAGGAAAUACAAAUUUGAAAAUGAAAAGCCGUCUGCUGCUGCUUUUUUUUUUUUUUUUUUUUUUUUUUAAACCCUCAUUUAAAGUCCAAUAACUGAUUUCUUUGUUUUGCUGUUUUAACUUCUUCUCCACACACUAACGUUGACUAUCUUUGCCAUGUACUCCCUGACCAGAAAUGACAUACGUGUCAUGUCAUCAACAAGUUAAUUAUGUAAGUAGCUGCGCCCAACUAGCAAAAAUCUCUUGCCAAGUGGCAAGCCCACCAUCUUAGAGGCUAUUAAUGGCACUGAUUUCAUGAAUGGCAAGAUCUGUGUCCUAAAUAUCAUGAGAAAGUACAUCAAAAGACAUAGUGAGGUUUACAAAGUGGUUCACGCUGGUUGAAAGGGUAGAUUGGAGACUUAGUAACUCUUCCAAAUCCAUUCUAAAUUUAUUAGGUAUCCCAACUGUUUGACAUAGGGUUAAACUCUCAUCAUCUGUUGCUUCCUAAUAUAGUCUCAGUGUGGAGCUGAGCCAGAACUACAUCGUAGUGGGGAAAAUAAGUGUCUCAACUUAUUUAUUUAUUAUUUCAUCUUUCUUCCAAGCGGGAGUAGAUCCCAGAAAUUAUAUGCUCAGGAAAAGCUUUUGAAACACGGCUCACGGCAGCUUUACGAAAACUCAGCCAGCCUCCAUAAUUUAAUUAGAAGUUCUGAUGUGUGAUGAAGGUGGCUUUUGGGCUUUGUUGAAAAUAGGAAAGGCCUCCCCUCUCAAUCCUUCUGUGCUGAAUGAAGAUGACGAAGGCUGGGGUUUUGACUUCCCUUUACUCUUCCUGUAGUAUUGCCAAGGUUCUAACAAAGCAGUCUUCCGUCUGAUGAGCCCUUCUGACAAUGGAGAGUGGGCGCAGGUCAAGCCACAGAACACUGGUUGGUUGCAUUUUAGGCUUUUUGGACUGUGAAGCUUUUUUGUAAGCAAGUGCACAAACCAUUUUUUUCCUUUGACAUAAUGUUUAGUUCAUGCAUUGAUCAUUUUCUUGAAACUGUUUUAAAAGACCUCAUUUUUUAUGUCUAGAAAACCUUUACAGUUUUUUUUAUAUACUAUGCUAUAUUUGUAAAAAAAUUUUAUGGCACAGGUUGUAUAUUGCUUCUUUUAGGAACAAACCAGAUAAAGUUUAGAAAUGUAGAUUUGUAUAUUAAUCAGAUAAAGAGGAUUUGAAGCUCAGUGGUGGAGUUGGAUGCCACUGAAGUUGCAGAGAAGUUUCCUUCUUUACAUGACCUCCAUGUGCUGAUCAUGGUGUUAUGUUCUUACUGUCGAUGGCACUUCUCAUUUCUUGUGCCGAUGGUAGCCGCUUAAUGUAGCAGAAAUAGGACGUGGCGGCUCACUGUGUUUUUUCUUUUCCCAAGCCCCUUGAAUUCCCUCAGGAUAUUAACAUGCAGCCAUUGUGAGCAUCUGCCCCAAUUUUAGUGCUGCCUGUGAUUCUUACUGGAGCUUUUCAGCUGUUUAUGUAACGUAUGGAGAUGCUAUGUUUUAAAAUUCUAGGUGAACAAAGUAUAUUUUUUAUUUUUAAAUAAUUUUAUUGAGAAACUUAAUCCCACAACCCUGAAUUAUUAAGUGGGUUCGAGGUUGAAUGGGUGGAUUUUUAUUAUACUGUUUCUACAUCAGCCCAACACUUUGCUUUCUUUUAAUAAAUGGUCACUGGUUUCAGAAAGGUCUGCUUCCUUUCAAGUGACAUUCUAUAUUUAUAGCUGUUUCCUCUUGCUGUUUCAAGGAAAAAGCAGUGGUCGUUUGUAAGAACCAGGGAGGAAAUGCAGACCCCUCCUACACACACACACACCUAGUUCCAAUGCACAGCAAUGAAAAUAGCUCAGUUUAAAGCUGAAGGUUGCAAUUUCAGUUACACUGGUAGGAAACUCACCCAACUGCUCGUCUGAGUGUCUGGUGUGUCCAUUUUCUAAUGUGGGUCAUGAGUGGAGCCGCUUUAACAUGGGCUUCAAGAUAGGUCAUUAUUCCUUCCCUGUUUCAAGUUCUGUUCUCCAGGUUUCUUGUUUUAGAAAGUUCCUUGUGCUAGUCCUUACAUUAUUCACCCCAUUUUUUCCAUUCUCAUGCUUGUGUUCUUUAAUUUCUGAUGUCAACUGACCUUUUCUUUUGCAGGUGGAGUUCUAAUAACACGUACUGUAUUGUUUUCUUAUUCAGUUUGCUGUAUAAACUUGAAAUUUGGAAGGUUUAAUAAAACAAUUCUUGUUGAA